GUCAAAGAUGCCUCUAUCAAAUUAAAUAUUAAGAAUAAAAAAUGAAGGUAUAUUCCUCUUUUGAAACCCACCAAGUUUAUAAAACGAAGCAACAUAUAAUCUGGUUAUAAUCAUGAUUAAAACCCCCAAUUAAUCAUCCUAGCUGAUCCAUCUAAUCUUUCUUUCACUGAAACUCCUUGAAAGUAAAAAUAAUAAUCAUGGGGUUCCAUUUCCAGAAGGAGUACCUUGAUCUGGUUCUAGUUCCUUGUGGAUUGCUCAUCAUGUUUCUUUACCACUUAUUUCUCCUUUACAGGUACCUUCAUCGUCCUCACACCACAAGUAUGGGCUUCGAGAACAACGACAAAAGAGAAUGGGUUCUUAGAAUCAUGCAGAUGCAAAACAGGGAUGUUCGCAAUGCUCUCUCAGUAAUUUCAUCGAACAUAUCGGUUGCAACUUUCUUAGCCACAAUUUCCUUAACGAUCUCUUCUCUAAUCGGAGCUUGGAUAGCCAACACUAAAAACAACGUGUUCCAGAGUGAAUUAAUCUAUGGAGACACAAGAUCAAUCACCAUCUCCAUCAAGUACAUAUGCUUACUAACCUGCUUCCUCCUUGCUUUCUCAUGCUUCGUUCAAUCAACCAGACACUUCGUUCAUGUGAAUUACCUCAUAUGCACACCAGAUAUGGACUUACCAGUACCAGUGAACAGUGUAGAAAAUGCAGUCAUAAGAGGAACCGAGUUCUGGUCACUGGGUCUUCGAGCUCUCUAUUUCGCUCUUAACUUGUUGCUAUGGUUUUUUGGGCCGAUUCCCAUGUGUGUUUCUUCGAUCGUCAUCGUGCUUGUGCUCUAUUGGAUCGACUACAAUUCAAAGCCUCUGCAUCCUACUAAGUUUCCGGGACGAAGUUCUCAGAAACCCAGAAGCCAAAUUCAUAAGGGAUUGUCUAAUAUUGUAUAGUUCAUCAGCAAAUUUGUGGAACCAAUUGAUUUGUUGUUGUUGUUGUUGUUGAUGAAUAA